AUGGUUCGCUUGUCCAACUCCUUUGUGCUUAUCGGCAUCCUGGCGUCUAGUGUUGCUGUCGCUACGCCUCAAUUCGAUCAGGAAGCUGAGCUACGUGGUUCAUGCACAAAUGACCCAGCUUGCAUGUGCACCCAGAACAAAUAUCGCGAGGCUUAUUUCUGCUGCAUGGCUAAGAACUGUGAAGCUCUCGUAUUGACCAGAUCUGUUGAAAGGCAGCAUGAUGAAUGCCAGGCCAGAAACCUUGACUUCACUUUUGAUGCCGAGAAAGCUUGCGGUAUCAAAUUGGCAACCACUACUUCUGUGACUUCUUCAACAAAAGCUGCUGCUGUUACAUCUUCUGCUUCAGAAAUAUCCUCUACAGCGACAGCAAAUACGGCAUUUGAUGUGGAAACCAAGACAAAACCCGACAAGACCGCCAAAGAUACUGCUCAAGCAUCACCCACAGAAAGUGCUGCCCCUGUAACUGAUGGUGUGCCUCAACUGAAGCCCGCUCUGGGCGGCCUGGUACUGGUUAUGGCCUCGGCUUUCUUCUUUUUCUGA